AGUACCUAUGAAGUCACAUGGAUGUCAGAAUAAAUUGCAUUUAGUAUGAGAUGAAUUGUUUACAGCUGGUAAACUGUAUUUAAAAUACCGGUUAAUAUUUGUAAAAAGAAUGAAUGGAAUAAGGUUUUCGAGAAUGUUCCUCGGCAAUACUAUUCGUAGCCUUCAAAGAGGACUGUUCCCUAUCCGAUUAUAUUGCAGUGAUCCUUCACGUGUUGAGAAGACCGUGAACACUGUAACGUUACUUGGCCGUGUUGGGGCAGAUCCCCAAAAGCGAGGCAAUGAGACACAUCCAGUUGUUACAUUUUCAGUUGCAACACACUCAAACUAUAAGUACGAAUCCGGCGACUGGAUGCAGAAAACCGACUGGCACAGAGUGGCGGUGUUCAAGCCUGGUUUACGUGACGCUGUCAUGAGCUAUCUGCGAAAAGGGCAACGGACAAUGGUCACAGGGAAAAUAACGUAUGGUGAAAUAACGGAUCAGGAAGGCAAACAGCGAACGACAACGAGCAUCAUUGCGGACGAUGUAAUUUUCCUUCAGAACCAAACCCAGUAACCAUUAAUAAAUGCUACGUACGUUAGGUCCGUGGAAAGAGUUAUUCUGUAGGGGAAAUGGGGGGAAUUUGGGCCCCCGAAGGAAAUCGCUUAAUAUUUCCAAACCAAUACGGUCUAAAUAAAAAAUGUUACAUUGUA